AUGCCCUUUAACACGGAGUUGACCCGCAAACUGGGCAUCGAAGUCCCCGUCGUACAGGGUGGAAUGCAAUGGGUCGGAUACGCCGAACUCGCCGCGGCCGUCAGUAACGCCGGCGGUCUUGGAAUCCUCACGGCCCUCACGCAACCCACCCCCGAAGACCUCCGCAAAGAGAUCCGCAAGACCCGCGCCAUGACGCCCAAGCCGUUCGCCGUGAACAUCACCCUGCUCCCGGCGCUGGUGCCGCCCGACUACGGCGCCUACGCGCAGGUGGUCAUCGACGAGGGCGUCAAGAUCGUUGAGACGGCUGGCAACAACCCGGGCCCCGUGAUCCAUCAGCUGAAGAAAGCCGGUACGACCAUCCUGCACAAAUGCACGACCAUCCGCCACGCCAAGUCAGCCAUCAAGCUGGGUGUCGACUUCCUCUCCAUCGACGGCUUCGAGUGUGCGGGCCACGUCGGCGAGCACGACAUCACGAACUUCAUCCUCCUCAGCCGUGCUCGCCAGGAGCUCAAGGUCCCGUUCAUCGCGUCGGGCGGGUUUGCGGACGGGCAGGGGCUGGCGGCCGCCUUGGCGCUGGGCGCCGAGGGCAUCAACAUGGGCACGCGGUUCAUGUGCACGGUCGAGGCGCCAAUCCACCAACAGGUAAAGGAGGCGAUCGUCAAGGCCGAGGAGACAGAUACGGCACUGGUGCUGAGACGGUGGAAGAACACGACGCGUCUGUUCGCCAACAAGGUGACGCAGGAGGCGCUGAAGGUCGAGAAGGAGAGCAAAACGGGCGAGUUCACGGAGAUCGCACCGUUUGUGAGCGGGAAGAGAGGUAGGGAGGUGUUUUUGAACGGAGACGUGGAUUUCGGAGUGUGGACAGCCGGUCAGGUCAUCGGACUGAUCCAUGAUAUCCCCACUUGUGCGCAGCUGCUGACGCGCAUCGAGAAAGAAGCCCUGGAGGCGAUGCAGCGCUCUCGGUCGUUGUACACGGCAACUGCGCAAAGUAAGCUGUGA